CUCGAUCACGACGCGUAGCGGUCACCAUUUGAUGGAGACCUGAGCGCUGCGCCUGCUCGACGCAGCAACUCGUUCCGCGGACUCUAGUCUCAGCACUCUCCAUUUCCUGUCCCUCACACUAAUGUCCGCGAAAUCCAAAACCAAACAGGAAGAGGCACUUCAGUUCCUCGACCAACUCGACUCCUUGACGCCACCUCCCGAGGGCGUCCCAGGAUCCGAGCAGGCACCGCCGGAGGGGGAGGCUGAGGUCUAUGCAUUCAUUGAUGAGAUCACUCAGAAGAGCUCCGAGCCUCCUCGUACCACCAUCUCGCAUCUAGAUCGACCUGUCUCCCGUGCAGGCACGCCGACGCUCAGGAAGAGCACCGAACGAGUCAAAGUGGGAGGUCCCGCGCCAUUGCUACCCCCUUCAGCCACUCCGUCUUCUGCUCUUUCGCGGACCGACUCAAACAAUUCGCGGCUGUCCGCUUCCUCGUCUCCUAAGCCGGAAGCUUCCCAGAAAGAGGCCCAGAGUACACCAGUAGGCGGCUGGGGCUGGGGAAGUGUUUGGUCAAGCGCCAGCGCCGCUAUUCAACAGGCGAAAUCUGUAGUAGAUGAGCAGGUCAAGCAGCUCCCAAAGAAUGAGCAAGCACGGAAGUGGGGUGAGGGUGUCUUGGAGUACGCGCGGGCCGCACAGUUGGACAAACUCGGCAAUGACUUCAAGAGAGUCGGCCUUUCAACGCUAACAGAUAUCCUCAACGUCGUUGCUCCUCCAAUUUCUGAGCACGAGGUCAUCCAAGUCUGGUUGAGUCACGACAUGAGAGGUUACGAUGGCGUCGAGUCUCUUGUGUACAGGGCUCUAUCACGAAUCAUGGAACAAGUUGAAGGUGGUGAUCUUGUUGUAAACAGAGGAGAUGAGUCGCGGCCGAAGGACGUAGCUGAAUCUGGGAGAGAGCUGAACGCUGUCGAAGGGCUGGACGCUGCUUUGAAGUUGGCUCAGGCCAAUCUUGAAGAAAUAAUUAAGCGCAACUCAAAGACGCCGAGUACUCACACCUCGUCUACACAGAAUCCCACGACAUACUCUUAUGUCUAUUUGCGCAUACAGCCGUGCAUGACAACACUCCCUCUUCCCCAGUCGGCCGAGACGACAGCAUCUUCAGGAUCAUCUACCCCUACCCAUAGCACAUCGUUGCAGUUCCUUCUCUACCUUUCAGACCCGGCACACAAUCUCAACCACUCCACACUGACUCAGGCUGUCCCUGGUAAUUGGCUGGAACUCUGGGACGAAUAUGAGUGGGUCGAGGAUCUGGUAGUCGAGGCAAUCAGGGUAGGCGUGGAAGUGAUUGGACAGGAAUACGUUGUAUCGAGGAUGGGCUGGGAUAAGAAGGGUAUGGACAAGCCAACGGAGCCGGAACAAGCGGCAGAUCAGGCAGAAACUGCUUGAUGUGUGCAUAGGACAUUUAUGCUCACACAGGUGUAGAUUUUUGUACUUUUACUAUGCAGGGUUGCCGCCUUUCAUACUGAUUCUGAUUACAUGACGACACUUUGGGUGGAUCAACGUGUAUCAAUUCAAAUGAUAAUACGUUACAGAUAUGAAAUGGAGGUUUUCAUCAC